UAAUAAUCAAUGUUCAUCAACAAUCUUAAGAUUCUCUAUCUUUUUUACCCAUAUUUUUUUUUCUCCCAGAAACCAAGCUAAAUUCCUAAAAUUCAUCAAUUUCCAUAAGUUUCCAUAAUCGGCUGAAAAAAAAGAAAAAAAAAGUUUCCCAUGAAAUCCAUCUUCCAAUCGUUUAGCUGCUGAAACCCAACUUUGUGGAAGCCAAAGCAAAGCCGUGAAAAUGAUUUCCAGCACAAUGUGUUUCUUCUCGUUGUUAUGGACAACAUCAUUUUUGGUCGGCGUGAACUCAGAUCUAGCUUCCGACAGGGCAGCCUUAGUGGCUCUUCGAGCAGCUGUGGGUGGACGCUCACGUCUAUGGAAUCUGUCGAGCAGCCCAUGUACUUGGACCGGUGUAAACUGCAGCGGAAACAGAGUCGUCGAGUUAAGAAUGCCCGGAAUGGGACUAUCGGGUAAGCUUCCCAUUGCUAUUGGGAACUUAACUCGGCUCCAAACACUUUCUCUUCGUUUCAAUGCUCUUUCUGGACCAAUCCCAUCUGAUUUCACCAAGCUUACAUCCCUUCGAAACCUCUACUUGCAAGGUAAUGCGUUUUCCGGUGAGAUUCCUCAGUUUUUGUUCACUUUGCAGAACCUGGUUAGGCUUAAUCUUGCAGACAACAAUUUCACUGGAUCGAUCCCUGCGAGUGUUAACAAUUUGACUCGGUUGGGUACUUUGUAUUUGGAGAACAAUCAGUUAUCUGGGUCAAUACCCGAUAUUAAUCUGCCUACACUUAAGCAAUUCAAUGUUUCUUUUAAUCAGUUGAAUGGAUCAAUCCCAAAGGGGUUGUCAGGAAAUCCAAAGACUGCUUUUCAAGGGAAUGCUUUAUGUGGGAAGCCAUUGGUUUCUUGUAAUGGGGCAGAAAGUAGUGGGAGUAAAUUUUCCGGUGGAGCUAUUGCCGGCAUUGUUAUUGGAUCAGUGAUUGUGUUUGUGUUGAUUUUGAUUCUAUUGAUAUGUUUAUGUAGAAGAAAAGGUGGUAAGAAAAUGGAGACGAGGGACAUUGCCCCUACAAAACAGACUGAGGUUGAAAUUCCUAGAGAAAAGGCAAUAGAGGAAGGUAAUAAUAACAGAAGCAAUGGGUUACCUGGAGCAGUAAGUAAUAAUAAUAGAAGUAAUGGGUUAUCUGGGGUAGUCAAAAAGGAUUCUAAGAGUAAUGGUAGUAAGAGUUUGAUGUUUUUCGGGAAGGCGGAAAAGGUGUUCGAUCUGGAUGAUUUAUUGAGGGCUUCUGCAGAGGUUUUGGGGAAGGGAACGUUCGGGACAACGUAUAAGGCGACAUUGCAGAUGGGGAUGGUUGUUGCAGUGAAGAGGCUUAAGGAUGUGAUGGUGCCGGAGAAGGAAAUCGAGGAGAAAAUGGCUGUAGUUGGAGCCAUGGAUCACGGCAACUUGGUCCCAUUGAGGGCCUGCUACUUUAGUGGGGAUGAGAAGUUUCUUGUGUAUGAUUACAUGCCCGUGGGAAGCUUGUCUGCACUUUUGCAUGGUAACAGAGGAGCUGGUAGGACUCCAUUGAAUUGGGACACUCGGUGGGGUAUUGCCCUUGGAGCUGCUGAAGGCAUUGCAUACCUGCAUUCCAAGGGCUCCGAAAUCUCCCAUGGAAACAUUAAAUCCUCAAACAUCCUACUCGCUACAUCCUAUGAAGCUCGUGUAUCUGAUUUUGGUCUUGCUCAACUUGCUAGUCCCUCGUUGGCUCCCACCCGUGUCGAUGGCUACCGUGCGCCAGAGGUUACAGAUGCUCGUAAAGUAUCCCAAAAAGCUGAUGUCUAUAGCUUUGGCAUAUUGCUUCUAGAACUACUUACCGGUAAGGCACCCACACAUGCUGUACUGAAUGAGGAAGGAGUAGACCUCCCGAGAUGGGUCCAAUCUGUAGUUCGAGAGGAGUGGACAGCCGAAGUGUUCGACCUUGAACUUCUGAGAGACCCCAAUGUCGAGGAAGAUAUGGUCCAACUCUUACAGCUUGCCAUCGAUUGCACCGCUCAAUAUCCUGACAAGCGUCCUUCCAUGGCCGAGGUGACGAGUCAAAUUGAACACCUCGGUCGAUCGAGCUCUGAGAAAUAGACUCGUAGCAAAUGAUUGAGGCUCCACCUUAUUCAGUAAAGGACUACAACUAUCAGCUAUCUUUCGUUUGUUUGUUUUUUUUUCCAUUUUCAUUAUUCUUAGAUAGAGUUUGAUUCUUUAAGAAUCAGAGGAUUCCCUCCUCUUCUUUCCCCCCCCCCCCAAUAUUCCCCCUGCCUUGUCAACAUUCAUGCCAACAUUUUGCUUAAUUUCUUGUAACUCUGCAGUUUUAUUAUUGUAUUCGGUAAGGGGGUUUGU